GAAAUUUUGUUCCAUUUAUUGACGAUAUUAAAUUGAAAAAAAAAGUUGUGCUCUGCAAUAACAAUUUCUACCUUCAGGUAAAUGGUAUAUCUGAAAAAACCGUAAAAUGAAGUACAUAUUCAUUGGUGUCGUUGUAGCUUUUUCGCUCCUUUUACUAUUGGCUCGGGCAGACGUCGACGUAAAAGACCUCAUUCCAGUACAAAUUGUUCCUGGAACGAAACUGUACACAGGGAUCUAUUACACACUCUCAAUGUGGGCAUUUCCACAAGGUUGGAUAACUUGGGUGGAUAAAUCACCGAAUGUGUACAAUAUCGAGAUCGAAUUAAAUCCAGAAAACCUACCACUGUAUGCCGUGGGUAAAUCAUAUGAGGUAGAUAACCAAUGGACCAUUGGUCCGAGUGAGGAACCAAACCAAUUCACGCUGAGAAGUCGAAGGAAAAAUAUUGGCUUGCUGACUUAUUUGAGUGAUCAAGUUGGAAGUGGCUAUUAUGCUGCGAUACUGGACAGCCCGAAAGACAGAGUAAAAAUGGCACCUGGUGGUGAGUGGCACAACGAUGCGUUGUGGAAGCUUCACGAAUCCGGAAAGUAUCAUAAAAUCGAAAACGUCGGAAUGAAGGGAUACUUCCUUACCUGGACCUACACGAUGUACAAUAAGUACAAUUAUUUCAUUCAAUUAGCCAAUUAUGAUGCUAAAGACGAUGCGAAAUUCUUGUUUACCCCGUCGGCAAUCAAGCUGGUGGCACGUGUGUACGAUUUCGAGUUCGAAGAGGAGCCGGAUGAUGUGUUCAACGACAACGGAAAGCGAUCUGUGGCGUAUAAGCUUCGUUUUGCAAACGACAGUCCGACUCAAAUCACUAAAACUAUCGAAGAAACAAUCGAAACGAAGGACUCCGUUACGUUUUCAUUCACGGAGUCGUUUUCGAUGAUGUAUCAAACAUCCAUUGAGGCAAGUGUCUCAGUGUUUAAAGCAAGCGCGUCGAUGAAAUUCGAAGGUGGCAUUUCGGCUACGCAGUCAAAGACGAAGGAUACUACCAGAAAAAUGUCUGUGAAAGACGAAAUUAAAAUUCCCAAAUACACCGACAUUGAGGUAAGCAUUUACACUGUGCACGCGGAGAAUGUGGUCAUACCAUUUAAAGCCAAAAUGCUGGUGACUGGUACUGCGCAACGCAUAGUCGCUGAUAACCCGUCAGAAACACAGGAUGGUGAAGUGCCUGGUGAUGUCAUUGAAUCCUAUAUCAGAGCUAAAGGUGGCAAAAAGAUGAACGUGAUCAAACGAACUGGUAACAGCUUUGAAAUUUCGAUAACCGGCGAAAUGACCGGAAACGUUGCGUUGAAAAGCACGGUAAGUACUAGAGAAGUGAAGAAAAUUAAACCUCCUACUGUUUAAUUUGGAAGAGAUGAGCAACUGCAGCAUUCGAUAAUUGUAAAAAGCAAUAAUGUAAACGGUUGUUGGUGGUACAUUGAACAGAAUUACAUUUUACACAAAAUUAAAA